UUCAUCAUUUCUUUCAAACCUAAUACAUAUCGUCUAAACAAAAUUUACAUAACAAGCAUUAAUAAGUCACACGUUAAAAUUGCACCAUGAGACCAACAAUUAUACUUAUAGUUUUCCUGUAUCUAUUAUUCACAUCAACAACAUGCACAGAAUCAUCACUCUUAUCAUUACUCAACAACAACCCUCCUGAUCCAAUCCAAACCACAUUACUUUCCGACCUAUUCACCAACCCAUUUCAAGAACUCGAUCACAUUCCAUUUGGGAUCACGCGUGAAGACGAACUAAUCGCGUCCCCAGCUAAAGUCGACUGGAAAGAGACACCCGAAAGGCAUGUGAUCACGCUGGACGUGCCCGGGAUGAAAAAAGAGGAGCUAAAGAUCGAAAUCGAGCAAAAUCGAGUUUUGAGAGUUAGUGGUGAAAGGAAAAGAGAGACUGAAGAAAAGGGUGAUCAUUGGCAUCGGAGUGAAAGAGCUUAUGGCAAGUUUUGGAGACAGUUUAAGUUGCCUGACAAUGUUGAUUUGGAUAAGGUUGAUGCUAAGCUUGAGGAUGGGGUGUUGGCGAUUUCGAUUAAGAAGUUGGCGGCUGAUCGGAUUAAAGGCCCGAAAGUCGUGAGUAUUGGUGGUGGCGAAGAGCCGUCCAAGAUAACUGAGGCGAAGACGGAGCUUUGAAUGCAUGUAUUAUAUAUUCGUUUUUCUGUUGUAAACUUGUAAUGGCCCUAUGUUUUACUUUUGAUUUCUUGUUGAGUGAUGAGGUCGUUAAGUUAUAGGUUGACGAUAAAUUAAAUAAUAUGUAUUGGAAAUAUGUAUGGUUAUCCAAUGAAAUUAUUAUACUUCUACAUA